AUGUGCCGACUCGUUGGCGACACGGCUUCGCGCAACAUUGAACGCCUGUCGUACGCCUCGAGACUGCAGGCCCGCAAACUCAUUCACACGGCACCCUCUGAAAAGAGCCCUUCGGGCUACAUCGUCGCAUCCUCGGAUGAUCUGCUGACGCUCUUUGAUGCCGACUUUGGCAUGCUUUCUAUUCACGGCGAGACGAAGAUUCUCGGACCCGUCGAAGAGUCGUCGGAGCCGCUUGCCAUGCUGGAAUAUCUGCGCAUGCGCCACAUGUCGUCCGUCGUGACCACGCAGGACAUUCGCGAGGACUUCCCGGAUCUGCAUUACAAACCCGGCUUCGUCACGAUCGCCGGCCUGCUUUACGUGCCACUGAGCGUCGGGGGCACGGACUUUAUCGUCUUCUUCCGAAGGGGCCAGGUCAAAGAGGUCAAGUGGGCCGGAAACCCCUAUGAGAAGAUCCUCCGCGAAGGUACGGAGGCGUACCUGGAACCCAGGAAAAGCUUCAAGACGUGGCACGAGACGGUGGUCGGCAAGUGCAGAGACUGGACUGAAGAGCAGGUGGAAACCGCCGCCGUGCUGUGCCUCGUCUACGGCAAGUUCAUCGAGGUCUGGAGGCAGAAGGAGGCAGCGCUGCAGAGCAGCAAGCUGACAAAACUACUCUUGGCCAACUCGGCGCAUGAAGUCCGCACGCCGCUCAACGCAAUUAUCAACUACCUCGAGAUCGCCUUGGAGGGCUCCCUGGACCAAGAGACGCGCGACAAUCUGGCCAAGUCCCACUCGGCCUCCAAAUCACUCAUCUAUGUCAUUAACGACUUGCUCGACCUCACCAAGACGGAAGAGGGGCAGGAUCUGGUCAAAGACGAGAUUUUUGCCCUCUCCAGCUGCAUUCACGAAGCGACUGACCCCUUUAAAAAUGAGGCCAAGCGCAAGGCUAUCGAGUACGAAAUCAUCGAGGAUCCUGGCUUGCCAUCCUUUGUGUAUGGUGACAGCCGCAGGGUGAGACAGGCCAUCUCCAACGUGACAGCCAAUGCCGUUCAGCACACCGACUCGGGAAGUGUCAAGGUGGAAUUAUACGUGGCUGAGGUCCAAGAGCAACGAGUCCUGAUCGAGGUUCUGAUCCGGGAUACGGGAAGGGGCAUGAGCCCGAAGCAGCUCGAUGCGCUUUUCCGUGACCUGGAGCAGGUCAAUCCGGACAGCAGCAGGCAGUUGACUGCCGACGACGACUCCUCUUCGUCAGACAAGCGGACGUUGGGGCUGGGGCUUGCCUUGGUCGCUCGAAUUAUACGCAACAUGAACGGCCAACUGCGACUCAAGUCGGAGGAGGGCAAGGGGUCGACUUUUGUCAUGCAGUUGCCAUUUGAUAUACCAGACGAGUCACCUUCGCUUUCCGUAGGAUCUGGCCGGCAAAGCAAUCCCGUGCCCGACGCGAAUUCUGCAUCGGCCACGAAGCAACCCCAACAGCCCAGCGCAGGUGAGAUCGUCCUGGUCGACGGAGGGACAGCCUCGCACGCUGCCAAGUCCCCUGGCGAGACAGCCGGCCACGUCAUAGAGACGGGUAGUCUCAGGAGCCAGAUCAGUAGCCAUUUCAGCGGAGGCGGUAGUAAAGGCAGCCGCACGAGUGUUCACAGCUCCCUCAGUGAUGCGGAGAGACUCAUCGACGCAAUCCAGACCCCGCUGGGCAUUGGCGAGCAUGCCACGGGGUCUCCGUCUCGGAAACGAGCCGUCAAGGGACAUCGAGACGACUCCGGCGUCACGGGAACAGACGCCGCAUCGACAGCGCGAUCCGUGAGCCCUGCGACCACACGGCACAGCGACCCAAGGUCGCCAGGUGCAAUCGUCCUGCCCAGCCAGCCAACGGCCGGCUUUGUCGCUGUGAGAGACACCAAGACGCCGAUCCGACCGGUGAAAGUACCCGAUGAGUACUUUGACCAGCCUAAAGAGGCCCCUUCGUCAUCUCGGGUGCUCUACGAAAUUCCCGAGCCCGCGAAGCAGCAGCAGCCGCAGCCAGCGCCCUCCGAGACCGACACAACGACGAGCUCGUUUCUCAACCUGGACGGCACAAAGCUGCAGGUCUUGAUUGCAGAAGAUGAUCCCAUCAAUCUAAGGAUAUUGAGGAAACGACUUGAAAAGGCUGGCCACGAGGUGCACCAUGCAGUCAAUGGAGAGGAAUGCGCCUUGUCUUUUCGCGAAAAGUCCGAGACUUUUGACGUGGUGCUCAUGGAUAUGCAGAUGCCUAUUGUCGAUGGCCUGACAAGUACCAAGAUGAUACGGUCUUUUGAGCAAUCGCACGAGAAUUGUCGUCACUCAGCCCUAGCUGCUCAUAAUGGCAGGGUUCCCAUCUUUGCUGUAUCUGCUUCUUUGAUCGAACGCGAGAAGAAGACGUAUGCAGAUGCCGGAUUCGACGGCUGGAUUCUCAAACCCGUCGACUUUAAACGACUCCACACGCUGCUUCUCGGCAUCGUCGACGACAAUGUGCGUACGUCUUGCCUUUACCAGGAAGGAGAAUGGGAGCGUGGCGGCUGGUUCCACAGUCGGAGCUGCGAAGCGCGUGAGUCGGCAUCGGAUCAUGAUCAUGCCGAGGGGGUAGGGCUCGAAACACCUACAACCGAGGCCGAGGUUGCGGGUCGGGAUGAAGGGUUACCGGCUCCGGAAGAGGCACUCAAUGCGAACGGUCCUGAGACCACCGAGUCCUAA